UGUUAAAUGUGAACUAGAAUAAAGCAGCGCAUUUUUCGAUUUCAAUCCUCGUAAAUGAUAUGUUGAUAAACAAAUGACGCCAUAUUGAUUUUGAUUUUGGGUAGCCUAUAUUCAAUUGAUGUCUAACCCCUGGAUAAAGCACGCUCAUCUCAUUUGUUCGUAGUGCUAGAAGGCACUUGCUUAUUUACCCGUUCGAUCGUGUUUAUAGUGAAAAAUCUUACUACGAUUGGAAUUGCGAGCGCAAAGGAAAUGCGGUUUUCUUCCCUUCUGUUGGGAUUGCUUGCGAUUGCGACCUCAACUGCCGCAACCAAGCUCAACUAUCCGCGCGUGUUGUUACCAAUCUUCGAACAGAUUUCAGUUAACUUCACGCUCGAAGUGGUUGAGAAAGGUUGCUUCAAAUGGACUUCCUCGAGAUUAGAUCUGAUUCAGCUCAAACCAAUAUCGGACGGCUCGAAUGACGACUGUUCCUACCAGGUGGUGGUCUCCGUCAUCGACAGAGAACACCGUCGAAGCACUGCAAUCGUUUGGGCGGAGGACCUUGCCACGGGAGAAAUUCUACGCUGCGAUGUUAUACUUGAUGUGAUCGAUCAGCUGGGAGUGUUGACGACCACAAGGGAGUUGUAUUUGGAGGAAGCACCGGAAACAUUCGAACUGUGGGCGCUGGACGCUCAGGGAAAUGCUUUCACGACGCUGGAAGGAAUUGAGUUUACCUGGCGAAUUGUUUCCCACAGAUCGGCCGAGUUGCAACCGAGAGAUUGGAACCAGGUUCUAACGUUUUUGGCCUUUUCCGAGAGUUCAUUUCAUACUGUUCCAAAAGCAGUAGCAAAGCUGGAGGCCGCAGGCCUCCAGGGAUCAAUGAUUCUGCUGGUUGGAGUAAACACCGGUUCAGCCAGGGUAACGGCUACAUUGCCCUACGUGGAUUAUGUGCAUGUACCGUCAGUUGAAGUCGAUAUUAUGGUGCUCGCCAAUCUGAUUCUGAGUCCGAGUGAUGUGUACAUCAUGCCGGGGGACACCGUAAACUUCAAAGUGUUGCAGCUGAAGCAGGGCAAGUUACACGAGAUUUCGCUGAAUAGUCAGUAUUAUCUGGAGAGUGAAGACAGUGGCCUGGCCACCAUCAAAGGGAACGUUGCGAAAGGAUUGAAACAGGGGCGAACCUCGGUGCUGUUACGUGAUCAUAAUGUUCCCCAUGAUCGCAACUCGGAAGAUCCGGGUGUAAAUGAGCUGCUUCCGAAGGCGUUCAUUACGAUUGCCGAGCCAAAAAGGCUAUCGCUUAGUCUCCUUCCGCAUCACAACUGGGUCACGGUGGAGGGUGAGAGUCAUGAAAUUGCGUUGGAUUUGUUUACCGCCGAUGAUCACCAGAUUACGGUGGGUCCCAAGUAUAGCAUCCAGUCAGCCUUCGAUGAGACUUUGUUCUAUCCACUCCGGAGAACGAAUAAUGGUAGUCGGAUUGAGGGAGAAACUGUUGCGUCGGGCAGUAGUCCAGUGACUGGAACGUUUGAUGGGCUCACUGCCAAGGCGGAUCUCAUAGUGCUCAAACGGUUGACCAUCGACCCACCGGAGGUGAUAAUCCCGUACGAUCCAUCCCUGCGUCGACAGAAGGCCCAAUUCACCGCUACUGGUGGCGACGGUUGCUUCAUGUGGUCCAGCAUGGAUAAAUCACUUGUUGCCAUCGGUCAGACUGGUCUCGCCGAAAUGCGACUGGAUAGCCUCAAGGAUGGCAUCGUGUUCGGGUCCGGUGCUGAUGAGGCUCCGGCCAAAGUAGUCCAAAUUCGGGCAGCCUUGACACUCAACUCGAAAAUCUUCGUUGACGCGCACGUUAUAUUCCUACCGCCGAUCAAGCUCGAAAUCGUUCGAUACAACAUUGAAACCGUUGUGAAGGAUUACGUGCAGGUUCACGUCGCACUGUGGGCUAGAGUUAAUGGAACAAUGAAAGCGUUUACUUCCUGUGAAAAUCUUAACUUUGAAUUGGAGUUCAGCAGCCAGAUAUUUUUGCUGGAUUCAACCAAAAACAGUGCCGCUGACGUGCUGGCCGACAAAGCUUGUCGGGUGUUGCACCUAAAAGCCACGACCGUAGGACAAACAAGUUUAAAGGUCAACUACCGGUACUUCGAUAAAGUGCUAAGCGACCAUGUUAGUUUGAAUGUGUUUGAGGAGCUGGCAAUCCUGAACCCUAUCGAGAACGAAGUGGUCCUACCAAUCGGUGCGUCGCGAAAUAUGAUCUAUGAGAAUGGACCAGAGAAGAUCUACAAUUCUGAGGCGGAGCUACAAAAACGGUUGGUGUUUGACAGUAAGAACUUGGCAGUGGACCAGAUUGAAGGUGGGUUUUCAAAGGAUAAGCACAUUCUGAGAGUUCUCUGUAAGAAAAUCGGAAACUUUGAUUUGAAGCUGGAAGUUUUCAAUACCCUGAAUGCCCCAAACGUUGUUCCAUAUGUAACUGAGAUAGUAACGAAAGUUUAUUGCGUAAAGCCUCGAUUUGUGAAUCUCUUCGCCACUGAUAAAGUGAAGACCAGUUGUCCACUGGGAAGGAGGAACUCUAUGAUGCACGUAAAAUCUGACAACGAUGAUCACCUGGUUGUUGACAUCGAGGUGCUCGACGUUCAAAAUCGAAAACUCGCUAAUAUAUCAUCCCUGCUGCUGGAAUGGCAAUUCACGCUGGCCGACCGUGAGCAGGUUCUAAAUCAAGCGUCCUACGAGCAGAAAACUGAAACUGAUUUGUUCGAAGGGGUCGAGAUCCCGAGGCGGGAUUUCCUGCGGACAAAAGUCCCGGAUGUGAAGGACAAUUUCAAAAUCAAAACCACCGUGACACAAUAUCGAUCGGAGGUCCUUAAGGCGUAUUCCAUCAAACCUGAAUCGCCCCAUUUUGGCGUUCAGAAAGCAGCCAGAGAGCCAAUGGUUAAGCCGGUCAUAGAGAAUGAACUGAACUUCCUGUCCGUCAACAAAACACUCCUGCCGUAUGAGCACAUCACGCUGUUCCUAGCGCGCAGCAACGUAGAGCGUAUAAGGAUCGCUCAGGGAAGUGGGUUUUAUGACAUGAAAGUGUCGGAUUCCGGAAUCGUUAGCAUGGACUAUGAUGGUGUUACGCGUCAACUUGCCAUCACCCCCAAACGAGCUGGAGAAGUGAAGCUCGAGAUCGUCGAUCAGUGUCUGAGUACGGAAUCGAGUUAUCUGCACAUUUCGGUGGUUACCAUCGGAAGGAUUACGCUGCACGCGCCGGAUCGGGUAGAGAAGACCAAAUCCAUUGAUGCGAUAGCGCGGAUUUACGACAGCAAUGAUCGGCUGUUGGAGCUACAGUCAAACAAUUUAGAGAUCUACGAGUUGAGUCAUAAUGUUAACAAUCCGAAUUUGCUGAGUAUGGCGCUUGGGAGUCAGCUUGGUUUGGCUAUGGGCGAGAUACGGUAUACAGUGACCGGUAUGGAGCUGGGUGAUACUAAGAUAGUGGUUAAUUCUGGCUCUGGAGAGAAACAGAUUAGUAGCGCGCCCGUUCCAAUACAGGUCUUCCCACCCCUGACGUUGUUCCCGCGCAACGCCACCAUAAUCGUGGGUAGUUUCCUACAGGUGUACUCGAAGGGUGGCCCUUCGCCAGACACCAACAUUGUUUACAGCGUCCAGCAUAACGAAAUCAUAUCCAUCGAGUCCGGCGUAGCGUACGGUUUGAAGAUAGGCCGGUCGAAGAUCACCGGUCGUUGUGUGGGAACUAGUCCCACCACCGGUGCUCAAAUAGUUUUCUCCGAGGACACCAUAUACAUCCACGUGAUCCCAUUGGACGCGGUCGAGAUCAAGACUCCACUGAAUCGGAUUCGCAGUGGUGCCGUCAUGCCAGCCCAUGUAUGGGGUGUCCCGAAUAUCUCACCGAUGGUGCUUGGGACACUGGAUAUGGUUAAAAUAUACUGGUCCACUGAUCAUGAGGAUGUGUUGGAUGUGCGGGGGGUGUUCCAGGAAGCUGGUAUUCAGUACACAGAGAAGGACGCAAUUGGAGUUCGCGUGAAGACGCUAGCCCCUGGGAAGGCCAAUCUGUACGUCACACUGGUGACGGCGAGUGGGCAGAAGUUGACUGCCCGAAGCGAGAUAACGGUGUUCCGCGUACUCGAGCUGGAAUCACCGAAGGUUAUUCGGUAUGAUUCGAUAUUGGUUCCUCCGAGAAGCAGCGUUCAGCUGAAAUCAAAUUUGGAUGAUACUGUUUUCCAACUGGAGGAGGGUAGCACCUCGAUGGUAAAAAUUUCCAAGGAGGGAUUGCUGAAGAGUGAGGAUGCUCUUGGGCGGGUGCAGAUUGUUGCCUCGUCGUUUGACCAAUCGCUUACGAUCCCUGCUGAAGUCAAGAACAUUCAUUACAUUUUGACUUCUCUCGAAGCAUCCAAUGUGAAGCUACGACAUCCGGACCGUGUCAUACCGCAAGGAAUAAACAUACGGUUAAAGGUGUCCUUCCAUGACAAUUUGGGAAAUGAGUUUUCCAACGGGAUCGAAGAGAUCGGUGCCCUGAAGCAUAAGCUAUCUACCAAGGGUAAUGUGUUGAUCACAUCUGGCGCUAACUAUUCUCUUGGUUUGGAACUGAUUCGGGAGACGUCCGAUAUGCUGUUGAUCUCGCUGAAGGAUAAAACAGGCGUCAAAUACGGCGAUGAUUACAUCAAGCUGGUAGUUGGUAAACCCUCUACAGUGUUCCUGGAUGAAACUGUAUUCUCGGUGGGCGAUAUCAUUUGUUUCGAGUCACCUUUGCUCGGAUCGAUUUCCGAUUGGCACAGUUCGGAUAACAACCUCGUCCGAAUCCAUCCUGUCCGUGGGGUUGCACACGUUGUGUCCUCGCGACGGGGAUCUACUGGGGGAGAUGGAAAAGUCUACAUCUCACACGGAGAUCGACGAUCCGGUGGUCUGCAUUUCGCAAUUGAUGUGCUAGAAGCGGAUGAAAUCGGAUUUAUCCGAACGUAUGAUGUUUUCAAUGGUGAAAAAUAUCGCGCUCACUUGGUGCUUAAGAAUCAUCUACAAGUGACUAAACUUGCAAAUGUUAUUGGCCAAAAUGUAUCGACUUGUAGCGAGUUUGUUGGGCACACUCUCUCUGAUCUCUUCAGCUGCAAACUGCUUCCAAAACAGGAUUCCACUUCUAGUAUUUUGAAACAUUUCAAAGCGGUUCCCAGCUUUGAUCCCGCCAUCGGGGCCUACACAUGCGAUGUCGAAACCGUUACCAGCAUCGAAGAAAUUGCCAACUUGGUGAAAUCCAGCGAUGUUACCAUCGAACUGGAAGCUCGCCUUUCCGGGGGAAGUUCCAGUGAUUCGAUGACCAUGAAAAUAGUUCCGGCUUUUAUUGUGGAACCCGAUGCGAUCUCCAUCGAACAAAUUGGAUCGCAAGCGAUCACAGUCAGUGGCAUUGAUAGCGUUCUGAAGGGCUUGGAAAUCAAAUCAUCGAAUCCCUCCGUGUUGGAGGUAUCCAUGUCACAAAAGGAUCUCGGAUCGGCUCAAUAUCAGCUGCGACUAUUGAAAUCCUACUCAGUGGAUUCGAGCGAAGAGCUGUUCGUAAGUGUGAUUUCGAAACUAACGCAGCAAAACGUGAAGGUUCCAGUUCAAUCACCUCUGGUGAUGAGAAAGUGCGCUAGUCAGCCAUUUUAUAGUAUGCCAAAUAUGUUCCUAAACUACGUGAGCCAGUUUGGGUUGAUGAUUUCGGCCCUUAUCGUGCUAGCUGCAACGGUUUGGGUAUUCGUGUUUUGUUUUCCACAGCGUCAGAAAACAGCCGAUCCCAACGCAACGUUGAUAUAUUCACCUUUCAAGAGUGACAACACUUUAUCGUCGUACAACAAUGCGACGCGACUGAAUGGCAGCCCGUUCGUCAGUCCCAUGGACAAGCGAACAGGUGCUCAUAUGGCGCCUUUGUCCCCAUAUGGCGGUGCAGGCAAUCUAAGUCACAACACGACCCCACUGUCACCUUCGGAUUUCAAUGCUAGCUCCAGCGGAAGCCCGGGAUCGGGAUCACCGAUCUACGGUGACAGCACCCUGAUGUCACCCCAGAAACGAAUCCAUCGGCGUCAGCUGUGAAUUGCUGCGACUCCGUCAUCAGUAGGUAAAACAUAACCUAUAUACAUACUCCUCUGCCACGGGAACAGACGGGUGGACUUGUUGAGAUUUUAGUAGAAAAUGUGUCUGAGAAACAAACAUAUACAUGUGAGUGACCGAUAGUUUAAGUUAUGUGAGGCAAAGCGGUACUGAAUUCUUACACUAUAAGCGCAGGUUGGGAUUACGAGGAGGUUACUGAACAAACGAUGCUUUGUUUACUGUUGUUCCUAUGAGGGGAAAGGGGAGUUUGCGUAUUUAUUUUAGUAGAGGAAGAGAGUUGCCUAAACGAACCCAGAAUAUGCAGCACUUGGCUAAUUUCGCAUUCAAAUUACUUCCAUUUCAUUAUACUUUGUUCAUUCGAGGAUUGUAUCUGUCGUAUGUAAAUUACAUUCUUAAUUUAAAUCAUUUUUCCUUCUUCCACUUUCUUUUACUGCCGACCGUGGUGAAGAGAUGAGGGGCUGCUUUCUUAUGAUGAUUUGCCUGAAACGGCUUCCAAUUGUAGUUUUCUCUUGAGGUUCAUUCGUUUCGGGACAAAGUUUAUAUUUUAUUUUAUUCACUGGCGACACAUACGGAAUAGCUUAUCAGAUUUUGCAAAAUAUUACACUGUGCACAGAUAGGAUCGAGAUUGAUAGCGCAAUUAGGGCGAGGAUAACCGAAAUAAAAUAUAUUCCCAUUGGUCGUUGUUGUCCUUGGUGAGCUCGAACGAGAUGCUUGAUUUGCAUUUUGAGCGGUUUAGGAUCUUCAGGUAGGGACAGCCAAACAAAUUUCAUUGAUGGAAGACAGCUGAGGUUAGUUUAUUUUUGUUUUAACUAAAAUGACAGUUACAAAACGUUGGGUGUCUCAUAAAACCAGUGGAGCAUAUGAAUUAAUCCUGAACUAACAAUGUACCUCCAUACAUUACUUUACCAACGAAUGUGUUCUUAACGAGUCUUAAGAUUAUUAGUGUUAAAUAAAACUUUCGAUAUUAAAGUACUCUGAUGAAUUGUAUAU